AUGAGCAGCAGCGCGGGCCCCGCGGCGCGGCUGUGCCGCCUGGAGCGGGGGCCGGACGGCUACGGCUUCCACCUGCACGGCGAGAAGGGCAAGCCGGGCCAGUUCAUCCGGCAGGUGGAGGCGGGCUCACCGGCCGAGCGCUCGGGGUUGCGGGCCGGGGACCGGCUGCUGGAGGUGGAUGGCGAGAACGUGGAGCGGGAGAGCCAUCAGCAGGUGGUGGAGCGCAUCCGUGCCGCCGCCGGUGCCGUCAGCCUCCUCGUCGUGGACCCGGUGGCCGACGAGGAGCUGCAAAAGCGGGGCGGGCCGGGUACCGAGUCCCCCGUAGGCGGCGGGCAGGCGGCCCCGGAGCCGGCGGAACCCGAGGCGCGGGAGCCCGGCGGCGGCGGCCAGCGGGAGGAGCUGCGGCCUCGGCUAUGCCACAUGAAGAAGGGCCCCAAUGGCUACGGCUUCAACCUGCACAGUGACAAAAGCCGCCCGGGGCAGUACGUGCGUGCUGUCGACCCCAACUCGCCGGCUGAGGCAGCGGGGCUGGCCCCCCAGGACCGCAUCAUCGAGGUGAACGGGCUGUGCAUGGAGGGCAAGCAGCACGGUGAUGUGGUGGCAGCCAUCAAGGCGGGCGGUGACGAGACCAGGCUGCUGGUGGUGGAUGUCGUCACGGAUGAGUUCUUCAAGAAGUGCAAAGUGGUGCCCUCGGAGGAGCACCUGGCAGGUCCCUUGCCAGAACCAGUUGCCAAUGGCGAUAUAGGGAAGGAAAAUGGUGGAGAGCCACAGUCCAACUCAGUGUCCGAGAACCCGUCCAGCCCUGGGCCGCUGGCUGCAUCCUCUGACUCCGGCGAGACCCACAGUGAGGAGGGUGACAAGCACCAUUCGGCAACCGGCUCCCUCCUGGACCUCAACAUCCCACUGGCGGUGGCCAAGGAGCGGGCACACCAGAAGCGCACCAGCAAGCGGGCACCCCAGAUGGACUGGAGCAAGAAAAACGAACUGUUCAGCAACCUGUGAAGGCCCCAGGGUGGGGGCAAGGGUCUGCUGGUCCCCCCGGCCUCGCACCCACCUCUCCUGCAUCCCCCCCUCCUCCCCACCACAGGCUCCUGGCGGGGAUGCGGGGCUACUCCCCACCACCCUGACCUGAGCAAUGGGGCUCAGUGGCCAGUGAGCAUCCCUGCAGCGGGGUCCUGGGCGGUGGUUUUAGGCUAGAAAGAGCUGGGGCGUGCCCCCUCCCGUGAGCCCAUCCCCGGGGUGCUCCUCCAGCCCUGCCUUGAAGCCCUGCACACCCUGGUAGGCAUAAGCAGGGGUUUGGGGGGGAUCAAGGAUUUGGGGUGGCCUGAUGCCCAACACUUCUGAUCCCUGCUGUUCCCUAGUUCUUCCCCUACCCCAAAUCCCAUCUCCAUUUUAACCCUCCUUACCCCCCCAAAUUGCCCUUUAACUGCAAAACCUGAGACUUUUAGUGACUUUUAGCAAACCCCACCUGCCCAGCCACCAACCACAGCGAUUUCUGCCCGGGGUGUUUGACCCCCGCCUGGCAAGCUCUGUCCAUGAUGACCCUGUCCCUUUGCCCCUCCAGCUGCAAGGAGGGACACGGGUGCCCAGCACGGCGGGGAGCCCCCAGCACCCUGCCCCCGGGGCUAUUUUGGGGAGAGGAGAGGGUGUCUGGAGCCAGCGCAGCAAGCAAUAAUCAUCUCCUUUGCUCCUGCUCACUCCUGGAGACAGCCCAUCAGGGUUUGAAUCCGACACACUUUAAUUUAAAGGCUUCUCAAUAGACUCUUUUUUUUUUUUUCUAAAAUAAGAGUUUUCCAAUCACACCUUUUUUUUUUUUUUUUUUAAAUGUAUUUUGUGGAAAUUCUUCCUGUGGAUGUUUUGUUUCCAUGUGUUGCGAUCGGGUGUUGUCGUACUGUCGAGCUCGAGAAAUUCUGUUUACUGGAAUAAACCUUCCUGACUUCACGUG